GGCCCAGUGCAUAAUCACUACUAUCUCAGCGAAUUGAAAGACGGAAAACUUGAAAAUACGCUGGAAAUACUCCGAGAUGAAGAAUAUGAAGCCAGACUUGCCGCAAUGUUGUUGCCAACAGCUUUUUUCGAAACGGUCACUCUGAAGGGAGAUUUCGAGGCUCGAGUGAAAAUCAUCUUACCGUCUGAUCAACGACAUAGAUCUACCGUUCGCUCGCUACCAGUUUUACUGAAACUAUGCAGGGCCUAA